CUUGGAGACCACCACCACCACCAGCCAGCCAGCCAGCCAGCCAGUACCCUGUUGCAACCUCAGUCGAACUGGACCAAGAAAGAACAAAAACCAUCCACAUCGAUCAACCAACAAGCUACAGAGGAAGUAUCGGAGGACUGCAAGGAAAACCAUCAGAACAUGUCAUUCAAGAAGGAUGAAGAAACCGGGGUGGCCCAUUUCAUGCAAGAUAAGACGACGGUCAUCCAGGAAGCGAGGGUGUUCAAUGAAUCGCCCAUCUCCCCCAGAAAAUGUCGAAUCCUUUUAACCAAAAUCAUCUACCUACUCUAUGUCGGUGAAACUUUCGGCCCUCAAGAGGCUACCACCUUAUUCUUUGGUGUCACCAAACUCUUUCAACACAAGGAUAGUGCCUUGAGACAAAUGGUGUACUUGGUCAUCAAGGAACUCUCCGAUCUGGCACAAGAUGUGAUCAUGGUAACCUCAUCGAUCAUGAAAGAUAUGCAGCCGAAUCUAGAGGUGAUCUAUCGGCCGAAUGCGAUCAGAGCGCUCUGCAGAGUGAUCGAUGGAUCGAUGAUCCAGGGUAUCGAACGAUUUUACAAGUCGGCGAUCGUCGAUCGAAACUCAUCCAUCAGCUCAGCCGCACUCGUUUCUUCCUAUCACCUCUUCCCGAUCGCCAAGGAUGUGAUCAAACGAUGGGCAAACGAGGCUCAAGAGUCGCUCAACGCCAAAGGAUCCGGUGGCGGUGGUGGCUUCAUCCCUGCCAGCGCCUCAAGCUAUCUCAGUAGCUUCGGUGGAGGGGGUGGUCAAACUCAAUCCGGCUAUCAAGCCGUCGCGAGUUCCAGUUAUAUCACUCAGUAUCACGCUUUGGGACUCUUGUAUGCUAUCAGACAGCAAGAUCGAAUGGCUGUCUCCAAGCUCAUCCAACAGCUGGGUGGGGGAAAGAGUAACACUCUCAGAAGUCCUUAUGCCCUUUGCAUGCUGAUUCGAUUUGCCAGUAAGAUCAUGGACGAAGACCCCAACCUACACAAACAGAUGCACGAACUUCUUGAAGGGUUCUUGAGACAUAAAUCUGAUAUGGUCAACUACGAGGCCGCUCGUGCAAUCUGCGAGAUGCGCAACGUGACUUCAGCUGAAUUAUACCGCCCCGUGGCCGUCCUCCAGCUGUUUUUAUCUUCUCCUAAGGGCGCGCUCAAGUUUUGCGCUAUCAGAACGCUGGCCAAGUUGGCCUUAACCCAUCCACAACCGGUUCAAGCCUGUAACCUCGAUAUGGAAAGAUUAAUUAAUGAUGACAAUAGAGGUGUUGCCACUUUUGCUAUCACCACAUUACUCAAAACUGGAAAUGAAGCAUCAGUUGAUCGUCUCAUGAAACAGAUCUCGGCCUUCAUGUCAGAAAUCUCGGAUGAAUUUAAAGUAACGAUCGUCAAUGCUAUUCGAGCGUUAUGUCUCAAGUUCCCCGCUAAACAAGCAGUCAUGUUGAACUUCCUCUCUGGAAUCUUGCGCGAUGAAGGCGGCUACGAUUUCAAACGGGCUGUGGUUGAAGCUAUUUUUGACAUGAUCAAGUUCAUUGGCGAAUCCAAAGAAACUGCUUUGGCUCAACUUUGUGAAUUCAUUGAAGAUUGCGAGUUCACUAAGCUAUCAGUUAGGAUCUUACAUCUCUUGGGAAUCGAGGGUCCUAAAGCGCUUCACCCUUCAAAAUACAUUCGAUACAUUUAUAACCGAGUUAUCCUAGAAAACGCGAUUGUAAGGGCGGCUGCGGUGUCAAGUCUAGCCAAGUUUGGUGUUAAUGUGCCCGACCCUAGAGUUAAAGCAAGUAUUAAGGUACUCCUGACAAGGUGCUUGGACGACGUGGAUGACGAAGUCCGUGAUCGGGCAGCGCUAUAUCUCAAGGUCUUAGAUGAAGAACCACUGGCCGAAAAAUUUGUGAAAGAUGAAUCUACGAUCUCUCUUGCCACAUUGGAAUCGAAGUUAACCACUUAUAUUUCCCAAAAGGAGUCGUCUCAAGCCCCUUUCGAAAUAUCGAGUAUCCCGAGGAUCAGUCGUGAACAAGCUUGUCAAGAAGCUCUUCGUGCUCGCCAAGAAGCCUCAUCAGAUAUGGCUGGUUUCAGCAAUGCCAGCAAAACCACUGACAAACAGUCGGUCGGACCUGCGGCUUCUGCCUCAACAAACGCCGAGAGUCAGCGCGAAUAUGCUACCCAACUUAGUGCUGUUCCAGAAUUCUCAACUUAUGGCAAAGUGUUCAAAAGCUCUGCUAAGCCAAUUCCUCUCACCGAACAUGAAACCGAAUACGUCGUUAGUGUUGUAAAACAUAUAUUUGCUGAGCAUGUGGUAUUUCAGUUCAACUUGACAAACACACUACCAGACACAAUUCUAGAGCAAGUAUCAGUGCUGACAAACCCGCCCGAGGAAGGAUUGACUGAGGAUUUCAUCAUUCCGAUCCCCAAGAUGUCGAAUGAGCCGGGGAUAAUCUACGUCUCUUACACCCGUUCAAGUCCUGAAAACUACGCGCUCGGUAGCUUUAACUGUACCCUGAAGUUUAUCUCCAAGGAGGUCGAUCCGAUCAGUGGCGAGCCGGAGGAAGAGGGCUAUGAGGAUGAAUAUCAAAUCGAAGACGUCGAAUUGGGCGUGGGUGAUUACAUCAUUCCUACGUAUCUUACCUUCACUACUGAAUGGGAUAGACUACGAACCGGGGCAACUGCGACUGAAACAUUCCAAUUGAGCGCAUUGAAAAGCUUGAAAUCUGCAUGUGAUACACUUAUCGAACUAUUAAACAUGGAGCCGUUGGGAGGGAGCGAGAAUCCAAGUUCGACGACGGUCCAUACACUUCAAUUGGCAGGUAUUCUGUGCGGAGGAGAAGGGAACAUCUUGGUCCGAACUCGGAUGACGUUUAGUGUCGAUCAAGGAGUCACCAUCGAGAUGUCUGCUAGAGCUGAGAAACCAAAAGCAGUCCAACUCGUCAUGUCGGCUAUUGCUUGACAGCUUCCAAGUUCUCUCUUAAAAAACACAACAAAAACCCGCGGCUUAUCGUCUCUUCUCUCUUCAAUUUCUUCCUUCACGUUGGUUCUUUUUGUUUGGUAUGGCUCUCUACAUUACUGUUUCCAUUGGCAUCCUGUUUGAUAUACUUGUGUCCUCUUUUCUUCCUAAACCUCUUCAACCCGCCUUUCUUUUUCUUUUUUGUUAUUUUUAUGAAUACAUAGAAGUACUGCCUCCUCUUUUUUGCCUCCGCCUCUCCAGCUACGUACCGUCUAUCUCACCGACGUAUUUACUCGUAGUUAUAGGAUUCAUGGUGAUGCCGGUGCUGCUGCUGCUGGUGGUGGAUUUAUGCUUGGUUCUUCUUUUUGUUUCUCUGUGGUAAUUGCUUAAUGAGGAAAUCCAAAAUACUUGAUCACAGAAAACAGAAGAUUCAAGUUGAUGAUUACUCAAUGAGUUCGUAGAUCAUCUAAUCAGGACCUGAAGCAAUACUAUCAUGAUGUGUUGUUUGUUGGUGAAAUCCAAACAUCU